AUGCCGGCAAUGAGAGAUCUUCCACGUUUUGUGGGUCCAGGAUCAAAUGUAACUGUAGCAGUCGGCAGAGAUGCUGCACUCACUUGCAGAGUUGAUAACUUACAAUCGUUUAAGGUGGCAUGGUUGAGAGUGGAUACGCAGACUAUUUUGACGAUAGCUGGUCAUGUUAUUACCAAGAAUCAUCGAAUAAGUGUUCAACACGGAGAUGGCGCGUGGACUUUGGGCUUGAGAGACGUUAGCCCUACAGAUGGAGGGCGGUACAUGUGUCAAGUGAAUACUGAACCUAUGAUGAGUCAGACUCAUUUACUACAGGUUGUGGUCCCGCCUGACAUAGACGAUGAAGUAAGUAGCAGCGAGGUUAUAGUCAAAGAAGCAGAUAACGCGUCCCUCCGAUGUGUUGCAUCCGGAGUUCCCCCACCUACAGUCACUUGGAGAAGGGAAGAUUCUAGACAUUUCAAAAUUGAUAACCACACAUUAAUAUCAAAACACAGCGGUGAAUGGCUAAAUUUGACUGGAAUUGAACGAGUUACGUCCGGCUCGUACCUCUGUAUAGCCACAAAUGGUAUUCCUCCGUCAGUUAGCAAGAGGAUACAAAUAAACGUGAUGUUUCCUCCUUCGGUGUGGGCUGGCCGGGUCGCUAUUCGAGCAUUGGCUCACAGCGCGGCGACGCUUACUUGCACUUCAGAAGCAUAUCCUACACCAAAUGUAUACUGGAUGCUUAAUGGAGAACAGAGGCUAGUUAACGGUUCAAAGUAUAAAAUAAGCAAAAUAAGCCGAGGUUAUCGUCAUACUCUGACGCUGCAAGUGAACGAGAUGACAAGAGAUGAUGCUGGAGCUUACCGCUGUCAUGUUGAAAACAAUAUGGGGAAAACACAAGCCGAGAUGUUUCUACAUUUAUUGACCACAACCACAACGACUACCACCACUACCACGCCGCCUCCGACCACAACCACAACGCCUCCGACCACAACUACUAUGUCAACAUAUGACGUUGGUCAAUUGGAACAACUUCACCGAGGUGUGAUGGAAGACCCUCGCGAAGACACGUACGUCGUGCUCAGUCAACAUCAGAUGCAAAACCUUGGUAAAUAUAAGACUUUUCACGUCCUAUAUUUAGUAUUUAUUAAUUAUAAAUGA